CAUCUCACUCAUCCACCACCGAAAACAGCACUCAACAGGGUCAUAGCCGGUGACUCUGGGUCUUCCCUCUCUCUUGAAAGAGGAGGAAGUCUUAGUGGGCGUUCUAGCCCUCGGAUUGACCGCGAGGAGGUUCGAAGACGUUUGAUGAAGUCCCGAAGGAGCCCCCCGCCGAUGGGUUGCACAGUGACGACGAAACGCGUCUUUCGUCACCGUCCCCAGCAAGUGAAACGAUACAAGAGGGCGGUAAGGCUAGCCCGCACACUCCGCCUCAACCAUCAAGUUCAGUGGACCUGCGCAAAGCCGGAGUUGAUCUCGGUGAUGUUCGCUCCGCCUUGGACCGCCUUAUGUUGGGCGUUGAGCGUGGCUUUGUGGAUGACAGCGGGAGCUUCAGUCAGCCGAACGAGACGAGCUUUGUGGAGGAGAGCAUUGACCAGUCCGCUGAUGCGUCGACAACGGAAGAUCGAGAUCACCCACGAUAUUCAGUGAUGACAGAUUCGAGCAUAGGCGAGGUCAUCGGCGCCCAACGGGGCGUUUUUACCCAGGCACAGAGCACUCAGAGCAAACAUCCGGAAAUCAUGCCACCAUCACCACUUCCGCAGAGCAACUUUGUUAUGCAAACGCCAUCCAUAUCUCAAUCGAACCAGACACCUUCGACGACGGGGACGGAGACGGAAGACGACGAGCCUGCCACUCCAUCCACGAGAGGCAUGUCCUCCCCAGUACCCCCCGCUGUUGCACUCCCCGACCAGGUUGAAUCAAUUGAACAUUUGUCUCCUGCUCCGCGACCCGACUCCCGAGCUAAGCUUAAUCUCGAUGCCAAACCGCUUCCCGCUACCCCUCAACCCCGUCUUUCCCUUGACCUUUCGAUUUCAUCAUCGUUCCACGAGUCUGAAUUCAGUCACCUCGUUCCGCUCUCCACGAAUGUCGGUUCUCACCCUGUCACGUCAAUCCUCCCUACUUCGCCCGCCCCGUCAGGAAACAAUGCUCAUGAAGACGCUUCCCCCGCGGUGCGCGAGCAACGGGAUCCCCUUGAACCGAUCUUUUCGGAGCGACCACAACGGCGACGAAGUCGAUCCACUGGCGAUGCGCCUGACUCGAGAGGAGGGGAGGUACGCUUCCGUCACACCCUUAAUUUUUCUGCUAGCGAUUCACUUUUAUCUCAGCGUGCGGUGGCAGAUCGCAAGGGAGCGGGGGCCUUAGUGACCCAUUCCUUGAGUCAAGUUUCAGCUGGUACUAUCCCUCUAAGUGCAUCCAUUUCGGAGGAAUUGAAGAAGAUGUAUGGAGGAAAGCAUGUAGGUGUCCUUUAAUCUUAUCAGAGGCGUCAAAUUGAUGUUGUAGACCCAGACUCCGACCUAUCAGCUGCGGGAACGUCCUGGAACAAUUUACGCUUCUUCGGACUCAAAGAUCUCGCACGUUGGAAAUGCUGGUGAUAUUGAUGCUGGCAGGGCAUGGCGAUCCAUUCGCCGUCCGUCAGACAUGGUUAGUGCAUAUGUUCUCUGAAUCAAAAUAUGCUAACUGUGCGAUCCAGAAUGAGUAUGCUCGUGAAAUUCGCGAAUAUCGAGCGCAAGAGAAACUUGGCAAAGCUUAUGGAAAAAUAUUCGUGAAAGGCAAGUGAUUCUACAGGCCUUGGCGCCU